AUGGCUAUAAUCUCUGAAACUUCCGACGACGGCUCUAACGGCGGCGAUCCAAACAAGAAACCGCAAGAAGAAGAGAAUCUUGCUCCGAGUCUUCUACCCAUCCCGGAAGAACUCGCCGAAAGCAUCCUCUUACUCGUCAAGAGAUGUCACUACCCGAAGCUAUCUCUCUUCUCCAGAACCUUUCGUUACGUCAUCUCUUCGCCGGAACUCUACCAAAGGCGCUUGCAACUCGGCCUCACCGAACCGGUUCUUUACGCUUUGAUCCGACUCCCUUAUGUUAGUUAUGAGUUUGACCCGACCUGGUACAUUCUCAAUCGUAACGUCUCAAGAAAGAUCUCUUUACGACUGAGUUCACUUCCUCCUAUGAGUCUCAUGCAGCCUGGAUCUGCUGUAGUCACAGUCGGGUACGAUAUGUAUGUGAUCGGCGGAUGCGAUCAUCCCACAUCGAACGUGUACAUCAUCGACUGCAGAUUUCAUCAGUGUCGCUCGCUCCCUGGAAUGCAGAGGGCUCGCAGCUCCCCAGCCGCAGGAGUAAUCGAUAGAAAGAUUUAUGUGAUAGGAGGUUGCGAGCAGAGAGAUGAUAACUGGAUCGAGGUGUUCGAUAUAGAUACUGGGGUUUGGAGUAGUGUUGCUGGUCCAUACGAAUACAACUCUAGUAUGGAAGAAGGAGGGUUUCUGACAUAUGUGGUGAUGCAAGAGAAGAUUUACAUUUCGGAUCCUGAGUGUUGUUUGGCUUACGAACCAAGACAAGGUACAUGGGAGUCAUGGGGAGAUUCAAGUGCGUUGGUUAGAUAUUGGCACCCGUCGUCUUGUGUCAUUGAGGAUUUGUUGUAUAGUAUUAAUCCUUUUUGUGAACUAUUGGUGUAUGAUCCGAAUGAGUCGUUUUGGAAACGUGUGGAAGGUGUAUUUCAUUUGCCUAGGCUCAAUUAUCAUAAGUGUAAAUUGGCGAAUGUUGGUGGGAAGUUGGUGGUUUUGGCUAAUACUUGCAACAGGCAUGGUUCUAAACAUGUUUGGUGCAUAGAGAUUACAGUAGAAAGACGUGAAGGAGGUGAGGUUUGGGGGGAGGUUGCAUCAAGAUCGGUAGUGCUUAAAUCCAUGGACUCGCUUUCCAUUGAUCUUUGUCGCUCUGUUGCGUUUUGA